AUGGACCGCAACACCAACGUCGAGACGAAGGAGCCGCCUCCGUCGUCUUAUCCAACUCCGUCAACGUCGUCUGUGCUGACGUUGACGACAACGACGAUGACGACGACAAUGUCCAUAACUAAUCUAACGACCAUGAUCACGACGAUGAUGUCUACGAGGAGCCCGACACUCUAUCAGAUGUUCAGUCUGUACCAUAAGGUGGACAAAGGCGAAUCGCUGUUCAACAACCAGUUACCCUCUCUGCCGGAGAAAAUCUACCUUGUAUUCGGGGUAAGGGGACGGGCACGUGAACAAAUCAUAAUAGUCCUUUUCAAUAUUAUUUGUUUAUGGCUUGAGGCUUCGGGUACGAGCAAACACCGUCGUAAACAAAGUUGUCCAUCUAGAACAUUGAAAUUAAGUGAUUCCCGAACACAAAUUGCUGGUGAUGAUACUAAUUCAUCAGAUGAAGUAAAUGUUACAAAUUGGACACCUAAAAAAAUCCGUGCGAAUUCCCCUGCUGUUAAAGUGAAUCCUGCUUAUGUAUGGCCUAAUUUACAAGGCAGUUUCCAAACAAGAAUAUUUCAAACGAAAAACCCUGGUGGUACAACUUCUGAAUUGCGUCCUCAAGCUAUGCAAAUUGGUGAAUGGGCCAACAAUCAGGGUCAAUCAAAUGCUCUUACAGAUCCAUCAGAUCGCAUGGGUAUGCUGUUAUUUGGUGCUACUCAUGUUCAAGGACUAUCGGCAAAGAGUAAUGAUGGUCAGUCUCCUGGCACACCCAAGGGCGCUACUGUGGUACGUGGUAAAUUAGUAUCGUCAGAAGAAAAGCGCAAGAUAUAUCAGACACAAGCCACAAUUAGGGGGUAUUCAGAUGGUCAUCAAGUACAACAUGAAGUUAAAGACAUAAAUACUUCCCCAAAAAAACACAGAAAACCUACUGCUAGGGAAUCAUCGGUUCAGAGAAUGUGCUUUAAUUGUGGAACUACAUGUUCAACAGUAUGGAGACGACUAAAUGAAGGCACAGUAUGCAAUGCCUGUGGAUUAUACUAUAGAAAAUAUGGAAAAAUUAGACCACCCACCAUGAGACGUGACACCAUAUAUACUAGACAACGUAGAAAACGAUCAGACAAUGGUAUGGACAUAAGCAUGAAUAAGAAAAAAAUCAAAAUUAAAAAAACAGAAGACAUUAAAUUAGAAGAAGAUUGCUAUGAAGUAAAACAACCACAGUCGCACAAUUCAACGGCUGUUCAAACUAUAAUUGAAGAAUCUGUUCAAGAUGAAAUGCCACUAAAUCUUGUCGUCAAAUAA